UGGAUUUGGUCAGAGGUAAGUGGAGUGCGGAAGACAGCGAAACUUAUUUCAACAUUUUGUCCGUGUUUAAUGUGAAAUUCCUACCGAAUGUAUUCAGAAAUCAACAAAAGGCUUUGAUAUAGACGAAGGACGCCGGAAUUUGCCAGAGUGUUGAAAUUAAAGGUGUGUUUUUUGUGUGUUUUACAGGUAUGCAUUUGCUUUGCCGAAGACUGAGCCGUCGAGGACUUUGAACAACUCUACUCAAAUUCAUAUUUUUUUCUUCAAGUAAUGGACAUUUGAUUACUAUUUUUGCCUCCAGUUUGUUCCUGAAGGAAAGGCUAGCCUUUAGCUACCUCAGCCCCACCCAUAAGAAGUCUUUCAGUUGAUAUUAAAACCAUGAAGGUUGACGACAUAAAAUUUAUGAAAUGAGAGAUAUAAGUGCCUGAAUAGCACACUAUAAUAUACCCGAGACGCUGAGGAUCUAUAGUAUCAAUAGAAUUGGGUUAUUUGCAGUGUUGUGGAGGUCUGAGACUAUAUAAAACUUCUACUACAACAGUUACGCGGAUAUGGCAGGAGGACCAGUGGACCCCAGAGAGAUUUUGAAGGGUGUGGAGGCUCUGCUGGGGAAGGAUGGAGAGCUCCGCAGCCUUGAGGGAGUCCCAAAGGUGUUUAGCCUGAUGAAAGCUUCAACCAAGAUGGUCAGUAGAUGUAUGUACCUCAACAUCCUUCUACAGACGAAAUCCCACGAUGUUCUUAACCGGUUUAUCAGAGUUGGUGGCUACAGGCUGCUCAACUCCUGGCUCACCUACUCCAAAACCACCAACAACACCCCCCUGCUGCAGCUCAUCCUGCUCACACUGCAGAAGCUGCCCCUGAAAGUGGACCACCUCAAACAGAACAACACAGCCAAGCUGGUGAAGCAGCUGAGUAAGAGUGCAGAAACUGAAGACCUAAGGAAGUUGGCGUCUGUGCUUGUAGAUGGCUGGAUGGCUACAAUCCGCUCCCAGAGUGUUUCAAGCAGUGGCAACUCUCCUGCUGAUAAGAAAAAGAAGAAAGAGGAGAGCAAGUUGCCAGUGCGGGAUGUGAAGGAAAAGAGUGGAGAUGAGGAGAAAAAGAAGGAGAAACCUAAAGCUCAUGCACCCAGCCACACAAAGAUCCGCUCCAUAGGAUUAGAGAUGGACGCUCCCAACCCGGCCCCUGCUAAGAAGGCACCCACUGCCCCACAGCUGGGUGACAAGUACAACAUCAAGCCUCCAGUCCUCAAGAGGCCUAGCUCUGGUCCAUCAGAUGCUCCACCUCUGGAGAAAAAAUACAAACCUCUAAAUACCCCCUCUAACUCUGCCAAAGAGAUCAAAGUCAAGAUCAUUCCAGCACAGCCGAUGGAGUGCACUGGAUUCCUCGAUGCUCUGAACUCUGCCCCAGUGCCUGGGAUCAAGAUCAAGAAGAAGAAACCCAGCAGUAGUACUACAGCAAAUACCAAGGCUGUCUCCCCCACAUCUAACAAGGCAAGUCCAUUUGACAGCAAACCCUCAGCGUAUUCUUCGUGUUCUGCCAAACCAUCGUCUCCAGAGACUGCUGCCUCUGCCACUACAACUGAUGAAAACCAGGAGCCGGAGCAGCCUGGGACCCCUGUUCCCUCUGAAGAUCCUGAGGCCUCUGAUAAUGGUGAGAAACCUAAUGCUCUGGCAGAACCACGUGGAGAAGAGGAAAGCUUGACCAAAAAGGGCAAGAAGAAGAAGACAGUUCACUGGGCUGAGGAUGAGCAGCUCAAACACUACUUCUACUUUGAUCUGGAUGAGACAGAGCGAGUCAACGUGAACAAGAUCAAAGACUUUGGUGAGGCUGCCAAACGAGAGCUGAUGAUGGACAGGCAGACAUUUGAGAUGGCCCGUCGGCUCUCCCAUGACACCAUGGAAGAGAGGGUUCCAUGGACACCCCCCAGGCCUUUGACGCUGGCCGGCAGCCUGGUCAUCCCCGGGGCCAACAGCACAGAGAAACUCACCCAGAGGGAUCGUGAGAUGGGCAUUCUGCAGGAGAUCUUUCUCAGCAAAGAGAGUGUGCCUGACAGUCCACAUGAACCGGACCCAGAGCCUUAUGAACCCAUGCCUCCCCGUCUCAUCCCUCUUGAUGAGGACUCCUCCAUGCUGGAUGAUGCUUACAUUGAGCCCAUGGACACCACAUCACAGCAGGCCUCUGCUAUAUCCCAGAACGAAAGCUCCAAGCUGCCACCCGUGCUGGCCAACCUCAUGGUCAACCUGAGCAACAGCUCUCGCAGCCCACAAGCUACAAACACUGUUAGCAACCCUGUGGCUCCCUCUGUCAACGUACAGGAGCUGCUCUCAUCCAUCAUGGGUGCCUCUGGUAACCAGUCUACUGAAGACUUGAUCAAGCAGCCUGACUUCUCAGACAAGAUUAAACAGCUACUGGGAUCCCUGCAGCAGACCCAGAACCAGAACCAGGGUGGACCUCCACCAGUCAACCAGGGAUUACUGGGCCAUGGUCCAGGCAUGAACAAUAUGAACAACAUGAACAGUAUGAACGUGCACAUGCAGAUGCCCAUGAAUGGUGGCUACCCGCCCAACAACCCACCUGGUGGUCCACGCUUUAACCACCCUCCACCCCCUCACAACCAUGGACCACCUUUCAAUGCUGGCGGAGGCCCACGCAUGAUGGGGCCGCCACCAGGCCAAGGUAGAGGAGAUGGCAACUAUUGGGGAGACGACUCCAUGAGAGGAGGUCCCCACAGAGGAGGCCACUUCCACCGAGGAGGCCGGGGCCGAGGAGGAGGAGAGCCAGGCUUCAGAGGCCGAGGACGAGGAGGGCCCAGAGGAGGACACAACAACAUGAAUGAUAUGUCCAAGAGGCCUGUGUGUCGUCACUUCAUGAUGAAGGGAAGCUGCAGGUACGAAAGCAACUGUGCUUUCUACCACCCAGGUGUAAAUGGACCACCACUGCCACCCAACCACCCAGCUAACAACCAACACAACCAGCACCCACAGCAUGGACACUAGGUGACACUCUUGCUGACAUGGGAACAACUUUGUGAACUGCUGGCCUCUGAAUGAGCUAUUCUCUGAUCAAACCACUGCAGGGUGUUGGGGGCGAUGUUAAAGUAUAGAAAGAGUAGUCCUACUGUCUGGAGUGUCUUGUUAAGUCAUUCUGGAGGUGACUGACCUGAAGCAGUAAGCUAUGCCUCAUGUAAGACCGAGAACAAACAAGACAGAAGAGAGUAACUGAGGAACUCUAAGGCUGUGAGAUGAUCACCAAUGGGACUGUGUGUUUUUAUUGUGAUCAUUUUUAACUGUGAGACUGAAACAAGCCGCCACACAUGACCACUAUGUCUGAGUUGCCGCAGCUCGCUGCCCCCGUUCUGUCUUUUUCCACACCAUUAACAUGGUCGACCAAAUGGAAGUCUCCUACUCAGCAGAAAGCUUUCCACGUGACUGAAUUUCCCUCUUAUAGUGGCUGUUGUAACUAUGUACCUGCAUAUGAUGUUGCUUUCAAAUUCCCUUUAGUUUUGUUACUUCGUUGGUCAGGUUUGCCCAGAAAGGUUUGAAAUAUUUUCCAUUUUUACAUGAUUCUUACAAUGUGUGACAAAUGUAGGAAGCACUUUAUAAAGAUAAAGGCCAACAGAAUUUAGCCACAGCUAUGAUUUAUUAAAACAGGGACUGAAAAACAACUUUGUUGUAUUUAAACUGCUUUAUUUCACCCAGUCCUGAAGAAUUUUAGAAAUGAACUUUGCUGAGCUGAUGAGGAAGGUCUUGCAUUUUUUUUUUCUUUUCUUACAGCAGCUGAUAUUGAAUGUGAGGAGACUGUAGAAGCAACAGCAGUGUAUGUUGUCAUAUGUAAGCUUCCUGCAUCUAUGUUCUGGUUCAGCAGCUGACAAUCAGAUAGUCAGCCUGAUGUGUGUGUGGCACAUCAAUCAUGAGUGUCAAACAUGCUGUGGUCCUGUCAGUGGAGCAGCUUAUCCCUAUUCCCAGAGCUGCUGCCUGUGUCUUCUGUACUCCCACCUGACCCCAGGAGAGGUUUAUUUAGUCAGUGUUAAGAGUCAGGUGAAUGAUGAACUGCUCUGUAGGUCAGCUAAAUUGAAUGUUUUCUGUGAAAACAAUAACUUUCGUGUCUCUUGUGGGACUGUAAAAAUGUCAUGUUUUUUUGUUGUUUUCUCCACACUUCAUGCUUUUUUGAUCAUAAUUUCAGUUGAAAUCUUUUCUACACAGUGUAUUGAAUAAAUGCUCAAACAUAAA